CCGCGCAGUUGCGGCGGGUCCCGGGCUCCAGCUAGCUGCCGAGGUUCGCGCUCUGGAGAAACGCUAAGGUUAUUAGGUUCCUACAAGCUAUUUGGGGCCCCGAGCAAGAUUUCAGGCUAAUCAUGGUGGUGAUGAGUAGCCUGAGGGCCAUUCUUCAAGCCUCUCCAUGCAGGUCACUUUGGAGAAGAUUCCAGAUCCCCACGUUCAUGCCAGCAAGGCCCUGCAGCCUCUACACCUGCACAUACAAAACCCGGAACCGAGCCUUGCACCCGCUCUGGGAGAGCGUGGACCUGGUCCCGGUGGGCGAGCGCCAGUCGCCCAUCAACAUCCGGUGGAGGGACAGUGUCUUUGAUCCUGCCCUAAAACCACUCACCGUCUCUUAUGACCCGACCACCUGCCUCCAUGUCUGGAAUAACGGGUACUCUUUCCUCGUGGAAUUUGAAGAUUCUACAGAUAAAUCAGUUAUCAAGGGAGGACCCCUGGAGGACAACUACCGACUGAAGCAAUUCCAUUUUCACUGGGGGGCCAUCGAUGCUUGGGGCUCUGAGCAUACUGUGGACAGCAAAUGUUACCCGGCAGAGCUGCACUUGGUACAUUGGAAUGCAGUCAAAUUUGAAAACUUUGAGGAUGCAGCACUAGAAGAACAUGGUUUGGCUGUAAUAGGAGUAUUUCUAAAGUUAGGCAAACAUCACCAAGAACUACAGAAAUUGGUGGAUACCUUGCCAUCAAUCAAGCAUAAGGACACCCUUGUGGAAUUUGGGUCAUUUGAUCCUUCCUGCCUGAUGCCUGCCUGCCCAGAUUACUGGACCUACUCGGGGUCCUUGACUACCCCUCCACUCUCUGAGUCUGUCACCUGGAUCAUUAAGAAGCAGCCCGUAGAGGUUGAUCAUGAUCAGCUUGAGCAGUUUCGGACUCUGCUUUUCACAUCAGAGGGGGAGAAGGAGAAAAGAAUGGUGGACAAUUUCCGCCCCCUCCAGCCCCUGAUGAAUCGCACUGUCCGCUCUUCCUUCCGUCAUGAUUAUGUACUGAAUAUACAAGUGAAACCCCAGUCUUCAACUAGCCAAGUGACCCCCUGAGAUGCUCAUAUCUGGGCAGUACUUUGCUUUAAUAAAUAAUAGCUUUUUAAAAAUUGCAACUAGACUAUUUGAAACACCUGCAUUUAAUAAUAAUUAGAGGCGUGCAUUUCUUGUGUAGCAGUACUCUCAUGAGUCUUUGAGGAAAGCUCUUUGGUAGACAAAGUUCUUAAUUUUAUUGAUAAUGAUGUUUAACGCUGAAGUAGCAGCAAGAGACUCAAGUUUCUCCUACAGCAGCCUGUUGAUAAUUGUAAUGUCUUUUCAUGUCUGAUAUUUCUGAGUGUCUUUUUAUGUUUAUCAGUUAGUACUUCUAUAGAGCUAUAAGUAGGGAUGGUAAUCAAAAUAUUGAACAAUUGAACACAGACACUGAUCCUUCAGAAGGCAGGCCUCUUAGAAAUAGCCUCAGAGUCCAGGCUGGUACUUCCUGGCUAGCUGAACAUUGGCCAUGGUUUUACAUAUAUUUUAUUUCAAAACAUGAAUGUAUAUUCUUUUAUAAGGCCUUCUCAAUGAAUAUAUUUGUCCUGACCUUUCAUUGUCAUUCAUAGUACGUGAUAUGCUUACUUACUUACCAUUAACUUACAAGAUAGAAAAAAUAUUUUGUAAUUCAAAGAAAACAAGAAUUUAUAACUAGGAAUCCAUUUCCACUUUUUUUUUUCUAUUUUCACUUCUGAAGAUCAGAUAUAUUACUUCAAGACUUGAUCAUAUGGAAAGCGUAUGCAGAACAUUUUAAAGAAAAUGCUUGAAGGGCCUAGAAUUUAAAAUUCUUUCAUGACAUAUUUAUAGAAAUCUUUUUCAAAAGACUAGUAAUAUAAAUCUAUAGUUUAUAGUAUUAUUUUGCAUUGUUUGUACACUGUUUCAUAAAAUAUAAUAUUUUCCACUAUGACAGAACCAUCUUGGCCUCAUGGCUUCCCUUGAACUGCUGAACUUUAUUACAUUGUUCUAUGCAAGGCAGGUGCUCAACUUCCCAAUUUAUACAAUAGCUUAGAAGACUUGCUACAGUAACAAGGAGAGAAACUUAACAGGCUAAAAUCUAGAGAACUCUACAUAUUCUGAGGAAUCCAUGCUAUUGCUGCCUUUGCUUUUAAAUAUCUUGGAAUAUUUCUAGUUGCCUAUAAGCCUGUGUUCAAACUCAUAUUGCAUUUACUAGUAGUAUUCCUUUCAUUAGGAUGCUAAUCAUUUGAUCUGCAAAGGCAGGGUUGGAUGAGUAAAUUUGACACUACUGAACUCUACACUGAAAAAGGUUAAGAUGGUAAAUUUUAUGUGUAUUUUACCACAAUUAACAAUAGAUAAUACAUUCAGUAGGAAAAAAUAAGCUUGGAGCUAUAUGUAUAAGUUUGGGGAGCUAUGUGCUCUUAAAAAAGGGAGAGGAUGAAGGCAUUCGCUUCUAGAGUGCAUUUCUUUUCUGGAAAGAAAAUGAGUAAAAUUCUUAAAAAGAUAAUUGUGGGGGGAAAAUGUAUAUCUUAAUUUUAUUUAAUUGAUCUGUUCAAACCACAGUUACCUUUAAAAGGGUAAACACAUAAGAUAUGCAUUUUCCAGAGCACAUGGGCCUUCUUCCUAGGCCUUUUGUAAACUCCUGGUGCAAAAUUAUAUUGCAGUGAAUCUUCCAAAUUGGAGUGAGAACCAAUGGACCAAUGCCUGAUUUGCCCUUAUAUCUUAGAGCUACAAAGGUUGUUUUUAUUGGGUGUGUCCAGUUUGCCAUACCUGAUUCAGUUGCACCUGGUGUUCUGGUGUGAUUAACAGCGUCCUCUCACUCUCAACCAUGUCAUGGUUUGCAUAAUAAACUCUUAGUCACCUUCUCCAUGGAGGUUAUAGAAACUGCCUUAGGGAAAUGUGGUCCCUCCUCCUUGCCCUGUGCCUUAGUCGUAUGACCUCCAAAGGGGUGCUGCAGAUUCCAGGGCUACUGAUACACCCUAACAAGAAACUUUUUGUCUUUUGUGCUUCCAAAAGUGUUUUACUUGUGUCUUCCUGAACUCAAAGGGGGAAAAUGGACUUGAGGUCUGUCAAAGGGCUUGAGAAAGAAUUUUGUAUUAACACUGCUCCUCAUUUUCAUUAAAUACUAUAAUAAAAUGCUUUCUUUACAAUAUCAA